AUGGCUGCACCACUUCCAGUUUUUCUUGUUACCAUAAUAAUACUAUCCCAUACACCAUCAUCAUUAUCUUCUUCCCCAGAUGGCCAUGGCUUAACUCGAGGCUCAUAUCUAUCUGUUGAAAAUAAAGAUGACAUUUUAGUUUCGUCCAACGGAAUUUUUACAGCGGGUUUUCAUCAAGUUGGAGAGAAUGCUUAUGGCUUUGCAGUGUGGUUCUCGGAGCAAGCCACAUCUGGGAAUCGCACCAUCGUUUGGAUGGCUAACCGAGAUGCACCAGUUAACGGAAAGCACUCAAAGUUGUCUUUACAGAAAGAUGGCAAUUUGGUUCUGAUGGAUGCCGGUCGAGACGUUAUUUGGUCGACCCAUACAAAGUCGACCUCUUCCUUGAUUAUAUUGCAACUCCAUAGCUCAGGUAACCUUGUGCUCGAUGAUGGAAGAGGACAAUCAACUCUUUGGCAAAGCUUUGAUUAUCCAACAGAUACCCUUCUUCCAAAUCAACCCCUCACUAAAAGCACACAACUUGUUUCUUCGAGAAGUUCUACUAAUUACUCUUCAGGUUUCUAUAAGCUCUUUUUCGACAACGACAGCAUUCUUCGUCUUCUUUAUGAUGGUCCAGAAACAACUACUAUUUACUGGCCUAAUCCCGAUUUAAGAACUUGGGAAGCUGGGAGAUUCCAGUAUCUGUAUAAUCGAAGAGCAAUCCUUGAUUCUGAUGGUGAAUUCAAUUCAUCGGAUGGUUUCAGUUUCAGAUCUGUUGAUUUUGGGAAGGGGCCACAAAGAAUAAUGAAGAUUGAUACAGACGGUAAUGUAAGAGUGUAUAGUCUCAUUGUGCAUGAAAGAAGAAAGAAAUGGGAAGUUCAAUGGCAAGCCCUUUCUCAAUCUUGCAAAAUUCAUGGUACAUGUGGACCAAACAGUGUUUGUAUUUAUUCCCAAGAUUCAGGUAGGAAAUGUAGUUGCGUACAUGGUUACAGGAUGGUGAAAUCUGAAGAUUGGAGUUACGGGUGUGAACCUGAAUUCCAGCCAUGCACUCAAGAUAAUUGUGAUUUCAUUGAACUUCGUCAAGCUGAAUUCUAUGGGUAUGAUAUUCGGUUCCUUCCAAACGUCACUGUUGACGCUUGCAAGAAGGAUUGUUUACAGGAUAACUCUUGUAGGGGGUUCCAGUUCGGAUGGAAAGAAGAACUGCGGUGCUAUUAUUGCUUCAUGAAGAAUUCUUUGCAUAACGGGUAUCAGAUAGGUUUCGACUCUACAAUUUACAUCAAACUACCAAAGAAGCUAGUAUCAUCCUAUCAUGAAAAACCCAUGGGUCAAUCGAACUUCAGUUGUCCACGCCCUACGCUGACACCUAUCAUAAGGUCUUACGAGAAAAAGCAUGAUAUUGAACCACUUGGAUUCAUGCUAACCUUUGGAUGCACGAUUGGGUUCAUUGAGAUCAUUUGCAUAGUUUUUUUCUGGUAUUGUAACAGUAAACGGUCGUCUACAAAUGAGCAAAGUUAUUUUCUUGCUACAACAGGGUUUCGAAAGUUCACAUACAACGAGCUCAAGAAGGCAUCAGGCAAUUUUAGCGAAGAGAUAGGGAGAGGUGGUGCUUGCAUUGUGUAUAAAGGUAAGUUAUCAGAUAACAGGAUUGCAGCAAUCAAGAAGCUCAAGAACACUAGUCACCAAGGGGAAGCUGAAUUUCAAGCUGAGAUAAACACAAUAGGAAGGGUGAAUCAUAUGAACUUAAUAGAGACAUGGGGUUAUUGUGUUGAAGGAAAGCAUAGGCUUGUGGUUUAUGAGUACAUGGAGAAUGGAUCGUUAGCUGAAAACUUAGGGAUGGGUAAACUUGAUUGGGCAACAAGGCUUGAUAUUGCAAUGGGUACUGCCAAAGGACUUGCUUAUUUACACGAAGAAUGUUUGGAGUGGGUUUUACAUUGUGAUGUSAAACCCCAUAACAUAUUGUUGGAUGCUAAUUACAAUCCUAAGGUGGCAGAUUUUGGAUUGUCAAAACUCUUUGAUAGAGGUGGUUUCAACCGGUCGAACUUYUCUAUGAUACGAGGAACUCGAGGUUACAUGGCUCCUGAAUGGGUGUUCAAUCUCCCAGUUACCUCAAAAGUUGAUGUUUAUAGUUAUGGAAUGGUGGUAUUGGAGAUGAUAACAGGAAGGAAUCCAGUAGGCAAGUGUCAUACAGGCAAUGGAAAUGAUGAGAUUGAACUUGCUCUAAUUGACUGGGUAAGAGAUAAGCUUCAAGAAUUCAAUGGAAGUCAAAUGAAACAUUGGCUUGAGGAGAUCGUAGACCCUUCAAUAAGUGGAAAAUACGAUAGAACCACCAUGGACAAUCUGGUUAGAAUUGCAUUGCAAUGCGUCGAGGAAGAUAGCAACGCAAGGCCCUCAAUGAGCCAAGUGGUUAAUAUGCUUCUCCAUGUGUAACUAAAGAAAUAUCAGUACUUCAGACUGAAGAUGUAGUAGUCAUACCCUUCGUUAGACCUUAUUUUGGUUGUGUUACUUUGCAA